AUGAGACACCGCCCCUUCGCCCCGCCCCCUCCGGCGCCAUGGCCGCGCUGGCGCUGCCGCUGCUGCUGCUGCUGCUGCUGGGGACCCCCAAAAGCGACCCCAAAACCGCCCCAAAUCGGCCCCAAAUCCGGCACGGGACCCCCCAAAAACGGCCCCAGGAGCCCCCCGGGGCUGAGCCCGGAAUUCCCAAAAAUCGCCCCAAAAACCCGCCCGGGGCUGAGCCCGGAAUGCGCCAAAGCUGCCCCGAAAAUCGCCAGAAUUGCCACGAAACGCCCCAAAAUCGGCCCGAAAAUCCCCAAAAUCGGCCCGAAAAUCCCCCCGGGACUGAGCCCGAAACCCCCCAAAAUCGGCCCGAAAAUCCUCAAAAUCGUCCCGAAAAUCCCCCCGGGAUUGAGCCCGAAAAUUGCCAAAAUUGCCCCGAAAAUUCCCGAAAUUGCCCCGAAAAUUCCCGAAAUUGCCCCGAAAAUUCCCGAAAUUGCCCCAAAAAAUCUGAAAAUUGCCCCAAAACCUCCCAAAAUUGCCCCGAAAAUCCCCCCGGGACUGAGCCCGAAAAUUCCCAAAAUUGCCCCCAAAAUUCCCAAAAUUGUCCCAAAACCCCCCCCGGGACUGAGCCUGAAAUCCCCGAAAAUUGCCCCGAAAAUCCCCAAAUUUGCCCCAAAAAUUGCCCCGAAAAUCCCCAAAUUUGCCCCAAAAAUUGCCCCGAAUCCCCCCCCGGGCCUGAGCCCGAAAAUCCCCAAAUUUGCCCCGAAAAUUCCGGAAUUUGGCCCGAAAAUUCCCCCGGGAGCGACCCCGAGAACGGCCUGCUGGUGCUCACGGUGGCCACCGAGCUGACCGACGGCUUCGGCCGCUUCCUGCGCUCGGCGCGGGCCUUCAACUACAGCGUUAUG